CCUCGGUGCGGAGCGCUCCGCUCUGCGUGCAUGUGUCUCCAACAUCCGCGCGCACCAGCCGCCUCGCGCCCCAUGUGCUCUGCAUGGAUGCUGAACUCGCGCAGUGCAGCCUGAACCCGCGGCCGCAGACGACAUGUCCAACACAGCGCACGACCCCUUCUACUCGUCCCCGUUCGGACCCUUCUACCGGAGACACUCGCCCUACAUGAUCCAGCCGGAGUAUCGCAUCUACGAGAUGAACAAGCGGCUCCAGUCGCGCACGGAGGAGAGCGACAACCUUUGGUGGGAUGCCUUUUCUACAGAGUUUUUUGAAGAUGAUGCCACAUUAACCCUUUCAUUCUGCUUGGAAGAUGGACCAAAGAGAUACACUAUUGGGAGAACCCUCAUCCCUCGAUACUUCAGCACCGUGUUUGAGGGUGGCGUCACGGACCUGUAUUACAUCCUCAAGCACUCCAAGGAGUCCUUCCACAACUCAUCCAUCACCGUGGACUGUGAUCAAUGCACCAUGGUCACUCAGCACGGAAAGCCAAUGUUUACAAAGGUUUGCACUGAAGGGCGACUAAUUCUCGAGUUCACCUUCGACGACCUCAUGAGGAUCAAGACUUGGCAUUUCACAAUAAGGCAGUACAGAGAACUAGUCCCACGCAGCAUUUUAGCUGUGCACGCACAAGACCCUCAGGUGCUGGAGCAGCUGUCAAAGAACAUCACCCGUGUGGGCCUGACCAACUUCACCCUCAACUACCUCAGGCUGUGCGUCAUCCUGGAGCCCAUGCAGGAGCUGAUGUCCAGGCACAAAACCUACAAUCUGAGCCCGCGGGACUGCCUCAAGACCUGCCUCUUCCAGAAGUGGCAGAGAAUGGUGGCACCACCAGCAGGACACCCACAGAACUUCAAAACGGAAAUUUUCCCUACAAAUCUCAAAAAAGCCGAGCCCACGAGACAGACGGCGACGAAGCGGCGAAAGAGGAAGAACUCGGCCAGCAGCGCGUCCAACAGCAGCGUGGGCAACAGCAGCAGCAAGAAGCGCAGCCCUGCCAGCAACUUCAGCCUCUCCAGCCAGCAGCAUCAGGAUCCCGUCCAAAUGAAAAAAGAUGUGAUGGUCGUCGGGGAGCCCACCCUGAUGGGCGGUGAGUUUGGCGACGAAGACGAGCGGCUCAUCACGCGCCUGGAGAACACGCAGUACGACGCAGCCAACGGCAUCGACGAUGAGGACGACUUCAACGGCUCCCCAGCGCUGGGCAACAAUAGCCCCUGGAGCAGCAAACCCCCCAAUAACCAGGACACCAAACCUGAGAGCGCAGCAACUCAGCCCUCACAGUAAGACCCCCCAACCUGCCCAACCACCCCCCCGGACUGGCCUGCUGCCCCUUUCCUGUGCCCCGACCACACACUGUCCUCACACACUGCAUCUGAUCAAGUUACAAGACGCCAUAUAACAAACCCAAGCAGUCGAAUCUCCCUGACCGUGUUGUCUCCGGUGGGUGGAGAGAGGUGGAAUUUCGACAUACGUGAUAUGUUACAUGUACUACUCCGCUGGAACUCCUACUGUGUGUGUGUGUGUGUGUGUGUGUGUGUGUGUGUGUGUGUGUGUGUGUGUGUGUAUCACCAUCGCCCGGGGCAUCCCUCGUAUUAGAAGGAGCCGGCAGCCUGAAGCAUCAAGCCAACGCAGGAGUCACCGAUGACAGUGCCAGGACUGUGUUCCCUCGAUUAAAAUCGCCACCACCACCUCGGACAUAUGGCAUUACUACGGUAUCUCCUGCCUGAGCUUUCUCAAAAAUGCUGACUUUUAAAGGGAUCCAUUGGCAGGUUUAGAAGAACAUUCCCCUCUGUGUCUGGGUGGGGGGGGCAGGAUAAAUGUCCCACAUUUAAGAACAACAAAGUCAUUUCAGCAUAUUUGCAUUUUUAUUGAAAAGCCAACUUUCUAUUUUAACAUGUUUUUUAUUUCGAUAAAACAUGCAUCCUUUGUUAGGUUCUGCAAAAGGCUUCAAAUAAGAUUCAUUUUUUCUGGAAUUGCCUUGUAAAGCAGUUGCAUUGUGGCACUACGUAUUUUCUACAGACCAUUUUGUUUUGUAUUUGUUUUUAUGACAUUUUUUUUCCCCCACCUCCCAUAACCUUGUAAACUAUCAGGUUGUGAAUUACUUGUGAGCGAGUCGCACGAUGGAUUUUAGUUAUUCCUAUAGUUUAGAAACUUUUCUUAUGUGACACUGGUCUUUUCAGACAGUGACUCCCAAACUGAACAACACACUGGACAAAUAAGCUUAAAAUCAGUUUUUUUUUUUUUUUUUCUUUUCUUUUUCAAAUUAGUUUUCUUAAGUCUGCGCAUUCAAUCGUGUCAGUUUUUGCUGCAUUGUACAAAAUGAAAUAUUAAAAGUAAUUUGAUUUUUUUCUCCAUUCAUAAUGAAUACAAGUAUAACUUGCGAUAUGCAGAGCAGUGCUAAACUGAAUAUCAAAUGGAGAAACAAGAUGGUAUCAGAGAUUUUUGUAUUCAAACUAUUUUGCAUAAGACUUGCGUUAAGAGUUAGGUGAAAGUGGAGGGGCCAUCGAUGCUGUUUCAGAAAGCCUCUCGCCGAAGAAGCGUUGUUGACCUUGAUCGAAGGGAGCUGAUGAAGUAUGAUUCUCGCCAGCCGUGACGGAGCGCAGACACUCAUGUGAUCACCACCCCCUCGUAGGGUUCGCUGUCUAUUUUUCACCUGAGGUGUGGCCCAUGUUGAACCGCUGAACUUGUGUACUUUCUAUCACUAUGUGUGCAAAAUAUUUUUCCACGUAGGUCCUAUAGCUUCUGCAUCAAAACAAGUCAAUGCAUGAGAGUGCGGCCCUUCAUCGCAUUGCCUGUUUACCACCUUUACCUCAUCUGCAACGCAUUGCGUGUCACCUGUUCCAUUUUUCUCCAAGCGGAAGAUGUUACCUUGGACUCCUCCUUCCAGAACGUGUCCUACCAGCCUACGUCCGACCCACCCUGGUCAGCUGUACUCGUGUGGUUCGUACAAGGUCUAAGGACUGCAUUGACACGACCUCAUCACUCGCUUCCUCCAAAAUGCGUCCCGCAGCACGGCCACCGUCACACUUUGCAUGUUAAGAGAAUCGUACCGUCGCUGGACUAGCGGUACAAAUGCAUGGGCAUUGUUCACGACAGGACAACGGGGUCACCGAUCGGUCAUUAACGUCUCUUUCGUUUCAUCGCAAACUGUGAUGCGUUUUGUUUCUGAUAUCGAUGCCCUGCGUUUGCUCACACCUGUGUCCAGCUGGUUCUGUUUUUCAGAUUGGGAACACUAUCACAAGGUCGAAGCUUUGUAAAUAAGCUACUGAUUCCAACAUCUGAAAGCCAUUCAACCCGUUUCUUAGAGGGAAGCUGAAUAUAACAAGCUUUUUGUGUUCUAAUAGUCCUUCAGAUGAAUCUGGUGUUUCUUUAAUCCUAAUCGUCAUUUACUAUGACCUCAACUGUCUCCUUUUUAUAUUUGUGUAUUUAUGUGUGCAUUUGUAAGAAAGGAAAAAGAACAUUUGAAUUUGUUUGGUUCUCCAUAUCGAUAUUGUUCAGCACAACUUGUAAAAUAUUAGCAUAUACGUAUGUCAUAUCUGAGGUAUUUUAUGUAUGCUUUGCCAUUAUGUGCGCCAA